CGGAACCUUGACGGAUCCCCCGGGGAAUACGCGCGCUUAAAGAACGCGUGAAAGCGCAUUGACAGUCCAUGUACUGCCCGUAAACGAACUGUGGGAAAGUUGCAUGGACAGAGGCAGAAGAAAGAAAAGAAUCCAAAAGAUACGAAAACUCACAUAACUUGCAAAUGGAGAUUUACAACUACAUGUUGUGGCUAAAAAUCACUGUUCUUUUAAAAGGGCUGUGCGACUGCUUCAACAUCGAUGUGAAGCAACCUCGCAUCUUCACAGGGCCCGAGGACGCUCUGUUCGGCUUCUCCGUGCUACAGCAUGAGGUGGAUGGAGAGAAGCUGAUGCUGGUCGGUGCUCCAUGGGAUGGCUCACCCAAUAAUAGGAAGGGAGAUGUUUACAAAUGCAUUGUGGGAGAUGAGGUGAACUCCAACUGCUCUAAAGUGAAUCUAGCUGAAAGUGCAUUCCAGAAUGUGUCACGGAAUCUGAGAAACUCACACUUGGGAAUGACGCUUACGCCAGAUGAUCCUAAUGGGUUUCUGGCGUGUGCCCCGCUGUGGUCGCAGGAGUGCGGUACAUCCAUCUUCAGCACAGGAAUCUGCGCCUCUGUUAGCGACGACCUGGAACCCAAAGAGAUAAUCGCCCCCACCGCGCAGAGGUGUACUACCUACAUGGACAUUGUAAUAGUUCUGGAUGGUUCUAACAGUAUCUACCCCUGGUAUGAGGUGCAGAACUUCCUGAGUAACAUCCUUAGCAAGUUCCACAUCAGUCCAGAGCAGAUGCAGGUGGGUAUCCUGCAGUAUGGGGAGAUCUCAAUCCAUGAGUGGUCCCUUAAGGACUAUCAGACGACACAGGACGUGGUGGGAGCGGCUAAGAACAUCAGUCGGCAGGAGGGGCGGGAGACUCGCACCGCAUACGCCAUCCACAUGGCCUGCACAGAGGCAUUCAGCGUGGAGAGAGGAGCCCGGGAAGGAGCCACCAAGGUGAUGAUCGUGGUAACAGACGGAGAGUCACAUGAUGGCGAGGAGCUUCCUGAGGCCCUGGCCGAGUGCGAGAAGCGCAACAUCACCAGAUAUGCCAUCGCCGUUUUGGGUCACUACAUCCGCAGGCAACAGGACCCAGAGACCUUCAUUAAUGAAAUCAAAUACAUCGCCAGCGACCCAGAUGAGAAAUACUUCUUUAACGUAACAGAUGAAGCAGCACUGAAUGACAUUGUGGAUGCCUUGGGCGACCGAAUCUUCAGCCUGGAGGGAACAUUGGGAUACAAUGAAAGUGCCUUCCUCAUGGAGAUGUCUCAGAUUGGGUUCUCCACACACAUUUUAGAUGAUGGGAUCUUGUUCGGAAUGGUGGGGGCGUAUGACUGGGAGGGAGGGGUGUUGAAGGAGAGUAGUGGGGGAACCAUUACGCCCCCACGAGAAGCGUUUGAGAAAGAGUUUCCUCUGGAGUUAAAGAAUCAUGCUGCUUAUCUGGGUUACACUGUGUCCUCAGUGACAGUAGGAGACUGGAGGAAGCUCUACGUGGCUGGUGCACCCAGGUUUAAGCACAAAGGCAAGGUUAUCCUCUUCGACCUGAGUCCAGAUGGUGAUGUCACCAUCACACAGGCCCUCGCGGGAGAACAAAUCGGCUCUUAUUUUGGCAGUGAGGUGUGUGGGGUGGAUGUUGAUCAGGAUGGUAUUACAGAUAUCCUAUUGAUUGCUGCCCCCAUGUUCCUGGGAGCAGGAAACAAAGAGACAGGAAAAGUCUAUGUCUACUGUCUAGACGGGGAAGGUUUUGCCCCAAACGGUACACUACACUCUCAGCAGAAGGCCCAGGAUGCUCGGUUCGGCUACGCCAUGGCUGUGGCUUCAGACCUCAACCACGACGGCUACGCUGACCUGCUGGUGGGAGCGCCGCUAGAAGAUGACCACCAGGGGGCACUUUACAUCUACCAUGGCGAUGAGUACUAUAUCAUCCCUCAGUACAAGCAGCGAGUCUCCGCUUCCUCUCUGUCCACGCCCCUGCGUUACUUCGGCCGUAGCCUCUGCGCCCUGUUCGACAUGGACGGUGAUGAGCUGCUGGACCUGGCCGUCGGAGCCCAGGGUGGUGCCAUCCUCCUCAGGUCUUGCAGCAUUGUGCAGGUCAACCUGAGCCUGACCUUCCAGCCAUCCUCCAUCAACGUCAUCCAGAAGAACUGUCAGAGGGGCAGCCGCGAGUCGGCAUGCCUCAAUGCCACAGCCUGCUUCCUCGCCCUGUCGCGCUCGCCAGGCUCGUACGGCACGUAUUUCGAUCUGCAGGUUGGGGCCAUGCUGGAUGACAGGAAGCUGUCUGCACGUGCUCUGUUUGACUCCAACUCCCAGAGGCAGACUCUGACAGGGGUCAGAGUUCGUGUAGGAGAUCCUUUCUGCCACACACUGCCCUUCCAUGUGGUUGACACAGCAGACUACAUCAGACCAAUCAGUUUCUCCCUGCACUUCAAAAUCAAUGACACAGAAAGCGGUCCUGUUCUAGAUGAAGGCUGGCCAACCACAGUUAAAAAAUAUAUCCCAUUUUAUAAAGAUUGCGGCGAGGAUGACGUGUGUGUGACGGACCUGGUUCUGCAGGCACACAUGGACCUCUCUGGAAGCAGGCAGCAGCCGUACGUUAUCCGCAGUCCCCGUAGGCGCUUGGCAGUGGAGGUUCAGCUCCAGAACCGGCUGGAGAACGCCUACAACACCAGCCUCACGCUGCACUACUCCAGAAACCUGCACUUCAGCAGCCUGAGUAUACGGGAGGAUGCUCAGUUUAAGAUUGAGUGCACGCCACUCAGCUCCAACAGCCGCUCCUGUAACAUCAGCUACCCGGUCUUUCGCUCCCAGUCAAAGGUGAACUUCAUGUUGGAGUUUGAAUUUAGUUGCACGUCCCUUGUCAGUAAGAUCCAGAUGAAGCUAGUUGCAGCAAGUGACAGCAUCGAAGGGGAGAACUCAGACAAUACUGUUCAGUUACAGAGCAUAGUUCAGUAUGAGCCUGACAUCUUCAUUACCAGUGAGUCCAAUCUAAACCGGUAUGAGGUUCAUCCCACCAGGACGUUGUCAGAAGGGACAGGACCUGAAUUCCACACACAUUUCAGGGUACAGAAUCUAGGCUGCUAUGUGGUCAAUAAUUUGGAUCUGCAUGUCAGUUUACCCUCUAUAGCUGCAGCAGACAGAGUCUUCUCAUCUGUGGUGAAUGCGAUCUCUCACAAUAUCUCGGGUAUAAACUGCAGUAUUAAGAAUGACCUGGCUGAGAUGAAGGCAGCUCAGAGAGACGUACGUCCGCUGCAUCCUGAGGACAUGAAGAAAAAUGAAGUACUGAACUGCAGCACAGCCUGGUGUGUGGAGGUUGUGUGUCAAAUCCAGCAACUCCUGAAGGGAGAGACGGCCUUAAUACGAAUCACCAGAAGAGUUCAUGAUAACUUUUUCAGACAGGCCAAGUUCAAAGCUGUGAUGAUAGUGGGCUCCUACCAACUGCAUUCACGCGAGACCAAUCUGAUCACACUGGGGAAUGCUGCCAUCUGGAGGGAGAUGGGGUUGGAGGUGUUGAAAGGUCGCUCCAUACCCAUCUCGUUCUGGAUCCUGAUUGGCAGCAUUGUCGGAGGCCUGCUCCUGCUCGCACUCAUCAUCUUCAUCCUCUGGAAGCUGGGCUUUUUCACGAGGAUGCAGAGGAGAGAGAAGGAUGAGAAUCACAAGGACUGAGCCGCACCACCUCCGAACCUCUGGGUCCAUACGGCUCACGCCGCCACCCAACCCCCUUCCCCUUUUCCUGGACGACACCUCGCCCCGGAGCAGAGGCCACCCACUCCACCCACCACUCUUCACCAAGAGAGCACAGCCGGCGCGCACGCCGGCCUGCUCCCUGAAUCCACCGAGGCACGCUCGGCUUCCAGUGGGCCGCGUGGAGUGGGCCUCUGAGGGCAUGCGAUUGCGUGAACAAGGCAGGCAGUGAUAAGAGGGGCUGAGGUGGGGAGUGGGGGCGUUUUAUUUGUUUCCCUGCUAAAGUCAAACGAAGGAAUUGAGCGUGCUUGCCAGGGUGGUGUGAUGAAUGACCUCAGCGGAGCUCCACUGAGCCCCUGAUGACGGCAGGCUAUAUUUGGAUGGCUGAGUAGAGGAGUGUGUGGACUGGAACUCUGCACGAUGUAAUGCACUAUUCAGAUGUGCACGGGAGCAAUGGGUAGAAGUCACAGCGAGCAGUUUCACUUUAUUUAUCUCCAAACACGUAAUUGUUUUUUAAUCCUCUCUGUGUUCAUUUUCA